CCUGUCCCCUAGGGGGAUAUGAUGCCCCGGUGACCCGCAGCAUCCCCGAUCGCAGGCAGUCUGAAGUCGCCUGGUGGCCCUGCGUCCUCCACUCCCGAGUCCUCGCCGGACCGUGGCGGGGCGCCGAUCGCCUUGUCCAGGAAGCGAGGAACGUCAGAGAGGAAGUAGAAGAUGAACAAGCCGUUGACACCAUCGACAUACGUACGCAGCCUCAAUGUUGGAAUCCUUAGGAAGCUGUCGGAUUUUAUUGAUCCUCAAGAAGGGUGGAAGAAAUUAGCAGUAGCUAUCAAAAAGCCGUCCGGUGAUGACAGAUACAAUCAGUUUCAUAUAAGGAGAUUCGAAGCCUUACUUCAGACCGGGAAGAGCCCCACCUGUGAACUGCUGUUUGACUGGGGCACCACGAACUGCACAGUUGGCGACCUUGUGGAUCUUCUGGUCCAGAUUGAGCUGUUUGCCCCCGCCACGCUCCUGCUGCCGGAUGCCGUUCCCCAAACCGUCAACAGCCUGCCUCCGAGAGAAGCGGCAACAGUGGCACAGACACAUGAGCCUUGUCAGGAAAGGGGCAGGACCUCUGUAAUGCCUAUGCCGAAGCUAGAAAACAGCUACGAGCCACCCGACUCCUCAAGUCCAGACAAUAGAAGUGUAGAAUCCAGCGACACUCGGUUCCACAGCUUCUCAUUCCACGAACUGAAGAGCAUCACAAACAACUUCGACGAGCGACCCGCGUCCGCCGGUGGCAACCGAAUGGGAGAGGGCGGAUUUGGAGUGGUGUACAAGGGCUGUGUGAACAACACCACCGUGGCGGUAAAGAAGCUCGGAGCGAUGGUUGAAAUCAGUACUGAAGAACUAAAGCAACAGUUUGAUCAAGAAAUUAAAGUAAUGGCAAAGUGCCAGCAUGAGAACCUGGUGGAGCUGCUCGGCUUCUCCAGCGACAGCGACAACCUGUGCUUAGUGUAUGCGUACAUGCCCAACGGUUCCUUGCUGGACAGACUGUCCUGCCUGGAUGGUACUCCACCACUUUCCUGGCACACGAGAUGCAAGAUUGCUCAGGGCACAGCAAACGGCAUCAGUUUUCUACAUGAAAAUCAUCACAUUCAUAGAGAUAUUAAAAGUGCAAAUAUCUUACUAGACAAAGACUUUACUGCCAAAAUAUCUGACUUUGGGCUUGCACGGGCUUCUGCAAGGCUAGCGCAGACGGUCAUGACCAGCCGAAUUGUGGGCACAACGGCUUAUAUGGCACCCGAAGCUUUGCGAGGCGAAAUAACACCCAAAUCCGACAUCUACAGCUUCGGUGUGGUUCUGUUAGAGCUGAUAACUGGACUGGCGGCUGUGGAUGAAAACCGCGAACCUCAGCUACUACUGGAUAUUAAAGAAGAGAUUGAAGAUGAAGAGAAGACGAUUGAAGAUUACACCGAUGAAAAGAUGAGCGAUGCGGACCCUGCUUCAGUGGAAGCGAUGUACUCUGCUGCUAGCCAGUGUCUGCAUGAGAAGAAAAACAGAAGACCAGAUAUUGCAAAGGACCUUUCGGUUUAGCAAAACUCUGCUUAUGUGCAUGCUGCUUGGGGUGGACCUCAUCAUACAGGAAAUCCGCAGUCAGCUCAUCCCCAUUGUCUAUCUCAAUCUGUAAGACAGGAAGGCACCAGUGUCAAACAACGGAACGAAACCUUCAGCACUGAAGCACUGUACGCCGGCGCCCAGCUGUGGAUGCCUCCAUGAACGGACCACACACCUUCCACAGGAGAACAAGCAAGGGCUGUGUCUGUAAUGCCUGCCUUCCAACCCUUCUGGGAGACACUAAAGCACCUGUCUCAACAGUCAGCCUCUCACCGCGGCUCCUGAAGGUAACGUUUCCCGGCAGCAGUGAGCACUGCGCCCUCCAGCUGCCCUGCCUUAUGAAUUCAAACAUCGCACUUGCUCCUUCAUCCUCUGCGCUACCUGGAGUCUCUCUACAACAGGGCUAGGCCAAUGAUGACAGAUCAAAUCUCUAGCCCAACUUUUGGGCAAUUCACACUUAAGGGGCUUCAAAAACAACAAAAACAUGGGGAAGACACCCAGGUCUGCUGGCAAAGCCUAAGAUGUUUACUGUCUGGUUUUGUGCAGCAUCAGCUGACCCUUUGUGAAGGUGCUAGCAUACACUGAGAGACAGACAGAAUCUAGAACUGCUCCAGGCUCAGCACCCCAACACCAGCAGUUUAUAAGGAAGAAUUUUUGCCUAUACCCUACCUGCAUUUAAGAAGAUAUAUGGAGAUCUGGUAGCAACACCCCACUUUGUAAACUGACAGAAAUGUUCUAUAUAUGUUGCAAUCCUAAUGCUACAGAUGGCCAAUGAGCACUUGCAGUUAUCAGUGUUAAGAAAGGGAAUCUUACAUUUUAUUUUGUUUAUGCUUAGCCAGCCACAGUGGCUUGCAGCUACCAUGCACUUAGCACAUAUCUAACCAUGGGCUCAUGACAGGCCAUCCCUGGGCACUCAGUAGGCUCCAAGGACUGAGAAUGAAAACUCUAAGACUAAGUAUUCUCCUGUGUGAGCCACGGCACUUGGAAAGGCAACGCACUGUGCAGGAUAGGAAUGACGGGCAGACUAGAGCAAUAUCAAUAUGCUGAAAUGGCACAGCCCACCUUUCUGAUCACAUCCAUCUGUAGCUGUCGCUCUACAAUCUCGAGCAGAGGGCUCUUGCAGCUGGAAUACAGCAUCCGCUCUCUUAUGCUGCACGUGUAUCCAGGCAUCGAAUAAAUAAAAACUGUAAAUUCAAAUAACAACAAUUAGAAAUGUCAACAAAAGCAAGUCUAUAAAGCUCCUCAAAUUGCAUCUAAGCUCCUGGCAAGAAGCACAGAAGCAUACAGUGCUGAGACAGAAGAUAAGGCAGGCGUCCCAUACCUACGGACUCUAAGUAGUCUCCUUCAUGGGAAUGCUUAUACAGAAAGAAAUGGUAACGUGCUGAAUCCUUGGGAAUCCUCUUUGGCAAAUCUCUUAGUUCUGUAUUUUCUGUGUUGGCCAAAAUUAUUGUUUCAUUUUUUAUAUCUAUUUCCUAUCAAAAAGAAACAGCAUUUGUGAAACAGGUAAAACAUAAAUUAACUUAGAUGAGAGUCAAAGAUGAUGUACAGAGGCGUGGACUGUCAGGAGCCAUCGAGGAGAGGCUAAGGCCUUCCCAGAGGUAGCCCACCUUCUUGUAUGGACUAAAAUGGGUGAGCUCUGAGAGGCAAGGUCCCAAAAAGACUUCAUCUCAGGACUAUUUCUUGUAGCUGAAAUGUCUUUCCUCUCAUUAUUAAAUUAAUAUAAUAAUCCGUGGGCAUUAGCCUGCCCUAUUGAGCAGAUUUUCUGCAGGUCAACAUAAACAUUCAUGAAUUAAUGCUGUUUAGAUAAAUUAAUGAUUUUAUAAACUUCCCUGAUUUGAUUCAAAUAAUGUUAGGAAUAAAGUUUUAAGAUAUGGUUGUUUUGCUAGGAAGAUGUAAUAAAGUUAGAAUUAAG